GUUGAAGCAUUUUGACUGAGUUACUCAGACGGAACUCACGAUGCGACUGUGGAACCUGGAUAUUUUGUUAGCUUUGUUGAUUAUUCCCUGCUCAAUGCUGAUACCUCAUUCAGUUGGUUUCAGUUUACAAUAUCGUGGGAAUACCAAACAUCCCACGUUACCCGAUCAUUGUUACUAUGAUGAACUGCAACUUGCCGUACCGUUGAACGAUACCGUCUUUCCGGUAAAUGAGUCAUACUUCUGCGCCAAAGUCUAUUGUCGGGAGGAUUAUGUGCUCAUGAUCAAGCACUGUGAUCGCAUGCAGUUGCGGAAUGAUUGUCAAUUUACACCCUACAACUAUACACUACCCUAUCCGGAUUGCUGUGCCCAACUUGUUUGCCCAAAUUGAGUUUCGAUAUUCCUUAUACUGUUUGAAAAUAUGCAGGAAAUUGUUAAAAAUGCAUAUUCGUUACGAUUUACUUAAAUAAACUAUCUAAAAUACUGAAGUAGAUAAUAUCCUUUUC